AUGGAGGCCAUCAAGAAGAAGAUGCUGAUGCUGAAGCUGGACAAGGAGAACGCCCUGGACCAGGCGGAGCAGGCCGAGGCCGACAAGAAGGGGGCGGAGGAGCGCAGCAAGCAGCAUGAAGACGAGCUCCUGCAGAUGCAGAAGAAGCUGAAGGGGACGGAGGAUGAGCUGGACAAGUACUCCGAGGCCCUGAAGGAUGCCCAGGAGAAGCUGGAGGUGGCGGACAAGAAGGCCGCAGACGCCGAGGCGGAGGUGGCGUCCCUGAACAGGCGCAUCCAGCUGGUGGAGGAGGAGCUGGACCGGGCCCAGGAGAGGCUGGCCACCGCCCUGCAGAAGCUGGAGGAGGCGGAGAAGGCGGCGGACGAGAGCGAGAGGGGGAUGAAGGUGAUCGAGAACCGCGCCCUGAAGGACGAGGAGAAGAUGGAGCUGCAGGAGAUCCAGCUGAAGGAGGCCAAGCACAUCGCAGAGGAGGCCGACCGCAAGUACGAGGAGGUGGCCCGGAAACUGGUGAUCGUAGAAGGAGAGCUGGAGCGCACGGAGGAGAGGGCGGAGCUGGCCGAGGCGAAAUGUGCCGAGCUGGAGGACGAGCUGAAGAACGUCACCAACAACCUGAAGUCCCUGGAGGCCCAGGCCGAGAAGUACUCCCAGAAAGAGGACAAGUACGAGGAGGAGAUCAAGAUCCUGACGGACAAACUGAAGGAGGCUGAGACUCGCGCUGAGUUUGCAGAGAGAUCUGUGGCCAAACUGGAGAAGACCAUCGACGAUCUGGAAGAUGAGCUCUAUGCUCAGAAGCUGAAGUACAAAGCCAUCAGUGAGGAGCUGGACCACGCUCUGAAUGACAUGACGUCCAUCUGAACCCACUCUGGACUCUGAAGCAACUCCAGCAGCACACACACACACACACACACACACACACACACAC